AUGGAAUCUUGGGUGAGGGUUCAGCCUAAUCAAAAUCUACCAAUUAAUGAAGUCGGUUCAACUGCAACGGUUGCACCUGAAUCAGUUAAUGCACAACCUUCAAAGAAAAGGAAAUCUAGUGCAAGUGGUUCUAGACAAUUAUCUGCUUGCUGGGAACAUUUUAUUAGGUUACCCGAUGACUUAGUCGAUGCUCCCACUGCAGCUUGCAAACACUGCCACAAAAAAUACUUGUGUGACCCUAGGACUCACGGCACCACCAACUUGAACCAUCAUAUUAAAAAAUGUCCUAAGAUGCCCCUUGCUGUGUCAACUGACCCCACACAAACUAUUCUAACAUACCCAACUGUAGAUGGUGACCUGGUUCAAGUUAGCUUUAGAUUUGACAAGAAAGCUUGCAGGAGUGCUUUGUCAAUUUUUGUAGUGCUAGAUGAGCAGCCAUUUAGUGCAGUGGAACGUGAAGGGUUUAAAUUUUAUUCUAAAGUAAUGCAGCCCCAAUUUUCCAUCCCAUCUAGGCGUACAGUAGCUAGGGACUGUUUUCAGCUACACUUGGAUGAAAAAGAAAAAUUAAAGGCCUUUUUUAAGUCUGACUGCAAUAGGGUAGCACUUACUACUGAUUGUUGGAGUUCUUUACAAAAUCUCAACUACUUGACCCUUACGGCACACUUUGUGGAUAACGAAUGGAAGUACCAAAAAAGAAUUAUAAGCUUUGCCGUAAUCCCAGACCACAAGGGUGGCACUGUAGGUAGGAAGAUUGAAGAAGUGUUAAAGGAUUGGGGGAUUAGGAAUGUGUCAACCAUAACUGUUGAUAAUGCCACUGCAAAUGAUGUGGUUGUGACAUAUCUGAAGAAAAAAAUAGCAAAUAUGAAUGGGUUGAUGGGGGAUGGAGAAUGUUUUCAUAUGAGGUGUUCUGCUCAUAUUUUGAACUUGGUGGUAAAUGAGGGAUUGAAAGAUAAACAUUUAGCUGUAACUAGUGUUAGGGAUGCUGUUAGAUUUGUCAAGUCAUCACCUCAAAGGGGAGCCAAGUUUAAAGAAUGCAUUGGAUUUGCUGAAAUAACUUGUAAAAAGUUGGUUUGUCUCGAUGUUUCAACUCGUUGGAACGCGACAUAUUUAAUGCUAAAGGCUGCGGAGAAGUUUCAACUCGCAUUUGAAAAACUUGAGGAUGAAGACUCGAGCUACAGGGAGUUCUUUGGAAAAGUGUCUUCCAUUUAUUGUGAGUUGCAGCAAGCUACUAUGAACUUAAAUUAUAUUUUUGCAAGUGUGGGUGGGGAUAUGAUGGAAAAGUAUAAUAAGUAUUGGGGGAGUGCUGAUAAGAUGAACAAAAUGAUAUAUUUUGGUAUUAUUUUUGAUCCAAGAUACAAGUUGAGAUUUAUUGAGUGGACUUUUAAGGAUAUGUAUGGAGUUGGAUCCAAGCUUGGUAGUGACUUGCUCAAAGCUAUAAAAGAGAGUUUACAAAAGUUGUAUGAUUGGUAUAAGCAAGCUUAUGACCAAAAACUCAAUUCUGGACAGCCUCUUGGUAGUGGUGGACAAGCAUCCAAUUUCUGA